GGUAGGGGUUGACAAUAGAAGUUGAUAUUUUUCUAAGCGUUGUCUAAACUAACCAAUAGACGAAUGAAUCUAUUCAAUAAAUGAAAUGUAUAUCUACUACUUAAAAAUUAAGACAGAUUACGGGUAGGAGGUGGUAAUUUCCAGUUGGAUAAGAGCAGUUGAUGUUGAAUAUAGGGUGGAGUGAUCCACUGAAAGAAAAACGAAUAAGUGAGAGAAAAAGUUGAUUGUCCUAACAAAAAAAAAAAGAAAUUAGAAGAGCCACAGAAGUGGCACUUUCAUAGUUUUCGAAAUACACUUAUAUAUCUCUUGUGACUACUAACUGGAGAACUAUCAAGCACAACCUCUUGAAUUUAGAGAAGGUACUCAGAUUCCUCGAUUACCGGUGGUUAUAUCUCUGUACACCCGAUUGACUUAAUUUUUAUCCUGAAAACUACUACUUAAGAUUUAUCAUUGACGACCUCUUGACGAUUUGGCUUUCAAUACAAAGAAGGACAAAGUUGUUCAAAGUGAAGUGAUCCAAGUAUAACAGAACUCUUAAUUCAGACUAUUACAAUAAUAAUAAUAAUCAUUCUAGAGGGAUUAAAAAAAUAAUAAUAAUAACGGAAUCUUAUUUCUCCCUCGAACAAUUACAUACAUACACAGUCUAGUGUUUCCAAUUCUCAAGGCAGACGAAGAACAAGAGGAGAAAAAAAACUUUUUCAACAAGAUAACAACUUAAAACAUCAUCUUCAGUGAUAUAUCAACUUCAUCACCACUCCAACACAAAGUACUAAAAUACAUAUCCGUCAAUCGAACAAGGAAGUAUACUUUUUCUGUGUGUGUGUGUGUUUUACAACCAACAGAAGGACGACGACUCCGUCAUCAUCAUCAUCAACAGUAACAGCAACACCAGCAACGGAAAAAAAAAGAAGUGGAAAAGAAAGAGUAAGAUUAUAAUAAUCAUAACAACAAUAAUUAUCAUUUGAAACAAUUCAAGUGAUUUCAGUUCAAGUACUUUUCAUUCGCCUAUUCAUCAUCACUACCGUCACAGUCAUCCAUCAAGUCAUCAUAAGAACACGAAGAAGAAAAGAAGAAAAAAGACAAAAGCAGAGAGAUUCGUUGUUAUCUUUGUGUGAUUUUUGAAGUGUACUUUAGUUACUCCCUCUCUACAUACAUACAUACCCACUCUUGGCUAGUAUUCAACAACUUCACAGAGUGUGAUAAUUUCUUCAAAAAUCAAAUAUAUCAUCUUCCCACGUGGAUUACAAGAGAAGGAAAAAAGUUGAGGACUGGAAGUUGUAUUGCGAACACGGUACUCGACAAGUAUCAUCCUCUAAUUGUCAGAAUCAGAAUCAUCUUGAAAGUGAGUGUACGUGUGUGUGUGUUCGUGUUAUUGUAACUGAUUUCCUGUUGACGAACGAAUCAAUCCCAAGACUUGAAGAAUUAGAAGAAGUAGAACCUCUUGAAAUAAAAAAGAAGUCAUUAUGGACACACAACUAUUAGCUCAAAGUUUCAAUUUAAAUGAAGUAACUAGUAGUCAAACAAAUAAUCUAAAAUUAUCUUCAGAACAUCUUAAUGAAUUAUCGCCUCAAACAAACGAUUCCAGUGGAUUUACAUCUCAUCGUUCAAUGAAUAAUUAUAGUAGUAAUAAUCGUAUGAGUGCAUUAUUUUGGUCUGGUCAACAAUCAAAUCAACUGUUAGAUGAAAAUUCACCAAUAAUUAGCAAUAACAGUAAUAAUAGUAAUAACAACAAUAAUAAUUUAAGUAUUGGACCAGGUAGUGUAUUUGGAGGCAAUUCUUCUAAUUCUGUCGAUAUGAAUCCAAUUGAAUCUAGUGUAUUGAAUUCAGUAAAUGCUGUAUCCGCUGCUUCAUGGUAUGGUGUGGCGGCAGCAGCGGCCGCUGCGAAUGAUCCACGUUUAAACAAUGAAUACAAUGAAUAUGUUUCACGUUUAAUGGGAGUAACUAAUGCUGCAAUGGCUGGUGGUUGUUAUCCAGGACAUUUAAGUCCUUCUGGUUUCAAUGGAAAUUAUGCUUUAUCAAAUAUCAAUAAUAAUAACAAUAACAAUAAUAAUUCUAAUAUUUCUACUGGAUCCAAUGAAUUCUUAAGUUCACAUUUCUCGACAAGAACACGAAGUAACAGUCCAAGAUCUUCAGCGAUAGCAGCAGCAGCAGUAGUAGGCGGAGCAAUAUCCGCGUCAUUACCGACUGGUACAAGUCCGUAUAAUAAUAAUAAUAGUAAUAGUAAUCGAUUUCCACGUGGACGAUAUCCGAAUAAUGCAUCAUGUAAUUCACCAGUAAACACGAUGCAACUGAAUCGACGUAUUGACUCAUUAGAUUAUCAGAAUUCACCAAUGAGCACAUUUCAUUUAAAUAAUAAUAAUCCUAAUAAUAAUAGUAAUAAUAAUAACAAUAAUAAUAUAAAUAAUACUCCUAAUAAUAAUACUGCUGCAAUGUUAGCCUAUGAGAAGCAUCAGAAGGCUGUAGCUGUAGCCGCUGCAUUAAACUCACAUCCAUUCAAUCCUGCAAUGAUGAAUUCACACUCUUAUCAGCAACAUCAACAUCAGCAUCAUCAACAUCAUUUACAACAAAUUCAAUCUCCUCAAACUGGAUGUGGGGGAAACAGUAACAAUGGUGGUGGUGGUGGUGGCGUCUCAAUGGCAGCAGCUGCUGCCGCUGCCGCCGCAGCUAUGCAUUCGCUGCAUAAUGUUGCUGCAGCUGCCGCUGGGCAUACAACAACAAGUGGUGUACAUCAUACACCGACAAACACUUUUCGUGGUUUAUCACAACGUCGAAAAAGACGAGUAUUGUUUACACAAGCUCAAGUCUAUGAAUUGGAGAGGCGUUUUAAACAGCAGAAAUAUUUGUCUGCACCAGAAAGGGAACAUCUUUCACAGUUGAUUAAUUUAACGCCUACACAGGUUAAAAUAUGGUUUCAAAAUCACCGUUACAAGUGUAAACGUGCUCAAAAAGAUAAAGAAGCCUCAUCAAUGAGUGAUCAUCAUUCAACACCGAAUACAAUGGAUCUGCGCAAUGAGACAAUGAAUGCAAAUCAUUUAUCUGUGAAUGACAGGACAGGAAUGAAUCGUCGAUCAGUAAACGAUCUAUUAGACAAUCCUUUAUUAUCUUCAUCAUCAAUAAAUACAACAAAUUCUUUAAAUCAUAGAAAACUUGGUUUAAAUUUAACUGAUCAACAUUCAGUGAAUUCUGAUAUAUCAAAUUGUUCAGAAUCUUCAUCAGUUGAAGAGUAUCAUGAUGAUGGUCAUUCUCAUUUAAUGCAUACAAUUGAUGGUGGAAAAAUAAGACUGCGUAGUCCAGAUUUUCGUAUAAAAGCACAAGCAUGCAACAGAAGUAGUGCUAAUACUAACAAUAACAAUAAUACUAAUAGCUAUGAUUGUAUCCCAUCAAGUCUACGUUGUAAUGAUAGGAAUGAAUUAGAUUUAAUCAAAAAUGCUAAUCUUAUGACACAACAACAACAGCAACAAAAUCAACCGCAUAAUCAGUCGACAAUUGAUACACCUUUUGAUUUUUUCGGUUAUAAUGAUUUACUACUAAAUACUACUAAUAAUUAUGCAUUAAAACAAAGUGGUCGUUCAAUGUUCAAUUAUCCAACAAAUCAAUUGUCAUCAACAUCUAUACCUGUACCACCAAAUUUUCAGGCAUCAUAUGAAAAUGAACGAAAUGAAAGUAUAUCACCUAAAUCUAAAAUAUCAGAAUUAACUAAUCAUCAAAUGACAACAGGAAAUUAUGCUAAUAAUCCCUUUUCAAAUUAUCCAUUUGUACCAAAUUCAAAUUAUUAUACAAAUUAUAAUACAUCACCAACAUAUUUACAGAAUUUCUUAACUGGAAAUGAUCGUAAUAAUAUAAACGCUACUAGUCCUUCUAUUAUGGAUAAUAACAAUAAUAAUAACCAAAACAGUGCAAGUCCAACUGAAUCGAACUUAAAUGAAAUAAAUAAAUCAUUGAAUUUAACCAUGGCAACGGCGGCAACAACAACUAUAACAACGACAAUGCCAACAACUAUAUCAUCACCAUUAUCUUCAUCAUCAUCAUAUUUCACACCAAGCCAAUUAGCAGCUGCAGCUUCUUUAUUAAAUUCCAGAUCAGAUUUAUGUAAAACAUCGUCAUCAACAGCAUCAUCGUUAUUUCAGUCAACACGUUCAACAACACCAAGUAAUGUAAAAAAUUAUUCACUCACAAAUACACUCUCUGAUGUUAACAAUAUUACACUGAAUACUGAUCAGUUGAUGAGUGAACAACAGAAAUUCUGUAUGAAAAGUAUAAAACAUGAAUCAGUUCUGGACAAUCAAUCAGAGGAGCUGGUUAAGUCUGAAGAUUGUACCCCGUAUAAAUCGGUGAUAUCUACAGACGACGGAGGUAACAAUAAUAGAUUCACAGAUUUCACGUCAUUGAUUGCAGGAACUUCAUCAAGAAUAUAAAUGAAGACUAGACAAUAAAUAGCACACUGUUGAACAGCAAUUCAACUCACUGCAAAUAUAAUUGAUUACAUUUGAAGUACUGGAAGUCAAUUCUAUGAAUACUUCCAAAUGUAAUGUAAUCAUAAGUGAUAGUUUCUAGUUGUCAUAUGAAGAGAUAGUAAAACAAUUGUAGUUACAUUUCCGUCUGCUAAAUAUUUGUUCAUCAAUGACUACUUAUCAGUUCGCCUUUAAACAUAUACAAUCAUUCAAACAAAAUAUUAGUAUUUUCCCCGAAGACCAAAAAACAAAUGGAAAGUUAAAACAAAAUAUUUCACUUAAAGUUUUUCAAAAAACACUAACAACACAGCAGUAACAC